AUGACGAUCUGUACUUAUAACGCACGUACGCUUGCAUCAGAAGCGGCCAUCGAAGAUCUGAUGAUGCAAGCCAAGAAGAUCAAGUACGACGUCAUCGGACUUACCGAGACGAGACGAUACGAAUUGAAAGAUGAGGGCUGGCCGGAUGGGAGAAGUUACUUGAAGAGUGGGGAGAAAAAUGGGAAGGGAUCUUCCGACAAAUUAUUUACAGCAGCGUACAGGCGAUUAUUCGGAGUCGGUGCUCCGACCCCGUUCACUUUUAGACUAUUGACCAACUGA